AUGCAAAGAGAGAGGAGUCGAAGGAGAGAGCGCCGAGGCUCCGACGAGUACGAAACCACCGACGAUGACUCAGACGACGACACCGGCGAGUCCUGGGCCUCCGAAGGCAUGUCCGCCGAGGAAACUACCAAUCCCACCACCAGCUCCAAACGUAACCAGCCGAAUCUCAACAACGCGAGUGGCGCCGAAGAGGUCGUAUUCGAAACUCAACAGGAUGCAGUCGGGCUUCCUGACCGCGUUGUUGAACCCGGACCCGACUUUGUUCUCGGAGAACCGCCCGGUGAAGGCCAACUCUUCGCAUGGCAUCUAGUCGACGUGUGGGUUGGGGCGAAUGGUGAUGAGUAUGGAGGCGGGUCCGUCGAGAGCUCCGAUGGCGAUGCCGACGUUAUCGACGAGCAAGGUCAUUAUCAGCCGAAGGGUUGCCCUCAGGAUCAAGAGAUGGACUCCGAUUCUGAUCCUUCGGAACUCUCCCAUCCAAACGUACAUGAAAAGCUCGCUGCCCUCCCUGCCGAUAACAACCUCCGUCGCCGUCUCUCCGAUCAUCGCACACCUUCCGCAUCUAAACCUCCUCAUCCAUCCGAUCUCGUGGAUACUCGUCCCGCCUUGCCCAGUGUCGCCACAGCUCCGAUCCCAUUGAAUCGUCCGCGGAAUCUACCCACGACAGCUACGGCGCUUACGAGUGAGCCGGGGCACAAGCGGGAGGGUCAAGGUCAACAGAGGCAGAGUCUGAAUAAGGGGAAGGAGGGUGAUAAGGGAUGGCGUUGUUGA